AUGCCUGGCGCGCCCGGCGGCCAAGGAGACCAGAACAAGGAUGGGAAGGACGGAAAGAAGGACGAGAAGAAGAAAUGGGAGCCUCCACUCCCCACCCGUGUCGGGCACAAGAAGAAGAAGAAGGGGCCCGACGCCGCUUCCAGACUUCCUCCAGUUUACCCUACGACUCGCUGCCGCCUCAAACUACUCAAGUCUGAGCGUAUCAAGGACUACCUUCUCCUCGAGGAAGAAUUCAUCGUAAACCAGGAACGUCUCAAGCCCGAGGCUAACCGGGAGGAGAAGAACGAGGAGGAUAGGACAAAGGUGGACGAUUUGAGGGGUAGUCCGAUGGCGGUGGGGACGAUGGAGGAGAUUAUUGACGACGACCAUGCCAUCAUCAGCACUGCGUCGGGGCCCGAGUUCUAUGUCUCUAUCAUGAGCUUCGUGGACAAGGAUUUGUUGGAGCCCGGUUGUCAGGUGUUGCUCCACCAUAAAACGCAGGCUAUCGUUGGUGUGUUGCAGGAUGACGCGGAUCCUAUGGUUUCAGUCAUGAAACUCGACAAGGCACCCACGGAGAGUUAUGCAGAUGUGGGUGGUCUCGAGCAACAAAUUCAAGAGAUCAAGGAAUCCGUGGAACUCCCUCUGACCCACCCAGAAUUAUACGAAGAGAUGGGCAUUCGACCACCAAAGGGUGUUAUUCUUUACGGUGUCCCCGGUACUGGGAAGACGCUUCUUGCCAAAGCCGUCGCCAAUCAAACAUCCGCCACUUUCCUUCGUGUCGUUGGUUCAGAGCUUAUUCAGAAGUACCUCGGAGAUGGACCGAAGCUCGUUCGUGAACUGUUCCGUGUCGCAGAGGAGCACGCACCAAGUAUUGUCUUCAUUGACGAGAUUGACGCUAUUGGUACCAAGCGGUACGAUUCGACAUCUGGUGGCGAGCGUGAAAUUCAGCGAACAAUGUUGGAAUUGCUGAAUCAGUUAGAUGGUUUCGACACUCGUGGAGACGUCAAGGUCAUCAUGGCCACCAACAAGAUCGAGUCACUGGAUCCUGCGCUCAUUCGACCUGGCCGUAUUGACCGUAAGAUUGAGUUCCCUCUACCAGACGUGAAGACAAAGCGCCACAUUUUCAGGUUACACACCUCACGUAUGAGCCUGAAUGAGGAUGUCGACCUUGAAGAGUUCAUCAUGGCGAAGGACGAUCUUUCCGGUGCCGACAUCAAGGCCGUGUGUACGGAGGCUGGCUUGUUGGCAUUGCGGGAACGGAGGAUGAGGGUGAACAAGGCAGACUUCACUGCUGCAAGGGAAAAGGUCCUGUACCGGAAGAACGAGGGUACGCCAGAAGGCUUGUACUUGUGA